AGCUCUUGGUCUCGGCAGAAUUCCAAGUGCUGCUGCGUACAUGAUCCCUGUUGUAGAGGUUCCUGUAGGAGUUGCGACGGAUGGGAUAUUAAGGCUAGCAGAUCACUAUCCGGUGUGGAGUGAGUGUCCCGAGGGGUGUUCGCCUUGAUUUCGAGGGGAACAAAGGGGAAAGAAAGCCACUCACUCAACAACCAAGGAAAGUGAUCGACGACGUUUAAGAAUUGCAAUCCCAACUCCGCUAAACCAAAUGACAUACUGGCAGGCAGCUUCAGGUGGGGUAUGGCGUAUGCGAAGAUUCCGUGGUCGACCACGCGCGGGAACCAAGCAAGAAAUCUUCAAGCCUGAGAAAACGUCUUUUUUGGACGAGGAUGGGCAGGUGGUCAGGACAAGCGGUAGUGCAUUGGAAAGACGGAGGAAAAGGCAUGAAGUAGAUACUCUUGCUCAGCGGACAAAAGCUGACGAAGAAGGACCACGUCCACGACUAGGUUCAACUACAAAAUCCGAGACACGAUUUCCAUCAUCAUCUAGUGCUCAGCGCACACGAG